AUAGAUAUAUUUAUGUCUUAGAACUAAUCCAAAAAGAUGAUACUAAAAUAUUCGAAAUGAAAAGAAAAAGAUGAAUUUUGUCUUGAAUAAAAUUAAAAAAAAUGUUUACAUUUAUUCAAAUUCUAUAUAUAGUAAUUAUUUAUAAGUUAAUGGAGCUAUAUAUCAACUUAAAUUCUUUUAAAAAUUAUUAUCUUAUAAUUUUAUCGAAGAGUGUUAAAAUUUUUAACUUGAAAAAUUUAGAACCGUGAAUUUAUAAUAUUCUUCUAUUGUAUGUAAAAUCAUUUUUCGUAAUAUUAUAUGAUCAUGAAAAGAUUUGUGUUAAACAAGUUAUAUAUAUAUAUAUAUAUCUACGAGAUUUAACACGGAAAUUGUUUCUGAAAAUUAGUUUGGACUCCAAUUUGAAUGCUCUGACUGUAUAAAAAUAUAUUCAUACUAGAAACCAUAAUCUUUCUUGUGUUCAUAUACACAAUUUGAGACCUAAUGAAAAGUUGAGUAAGUUCGUCCCCAGAGUUCUAUCAACGUGUUGUCUUGCACAUUUGGAAAUAUUGGUUUCAGUGGGCCAAAACUCGUUAGGUUCUUCUAUAAGAUAAGAGGGGAUAUAUAACUUUCUGUCAUUAUAAUAAUUUUAAAACCACCGAUGACAACAGAAUCGAAACAAGAGGGGAAAACAAACAGCUAAAAUGAGUUUGUGGGCGACGGUUGUCUAACCAUUGGCUCUGUCUAUUUAUUAUCUUAUCCAGUCAUAUGUUCUGUGUUCCCCUCGUGGCACCUCCAAUUAUUAUUCAUCACAAAACCUUCAACUUUUUAAAAAUCGUUUUAUAUUUGGUCUGAAUAAUUCCCUUCCCCUCUUACCAGUUUAUACUACCACCAACACUCAAGAUUUAAUCACUUCUCCCGCAGCCAUUCAUGAUAAAGUUACCCAAUACAUUAUGUUGCAGUUUAACCCGUUUAUGUAACACUAAUUGUAGAAACAAACCAUUUCAUCUUAUGUCUAACCAAAAAAACAAAAAUCAUUUCAUAUAGCUGCAAAACGUUUUAAAUAGUUCAAAAACUUUCUUUCUAAACAUUUUUCAGUGGCAUGUAGUCAGUGAAACUAUUUUCUUUUAUUAAAAUUUAUCAUCAUUGUCAAAGUAUUCUUUUACAGAAACAUUUUAUUGUUAAACGACAUAUUAUAUCAUCUUCUAUCAAAUAUAUCAUAUCAAGUCCAAAUACAUAUACUAAUUAAGCUUUAAAAAAAUCUAAUAGCAAUACAAUAUGUAUAAACUUUUAAACAUAACUGUUUAAGUAUUAUAAUAUGCUAGAACUUAGAAGGCAAAAAGAACAUAAGAUUUUAUAAAGUGUACUAAUUUAUCUUUUUCAAAAAUCUUGUGUUAAAGGCACCAAGAGCUGGCCCUUUUGUGCCAAGUAUUACAACCAACCCAGCUUGUGAACCUAAAUCACUUUGAAAGAGAAGUUAUCUAUCUAUAUCACACACACACACACACAUACACAAAUCUAUCUUUCUCUUUCAAUCUGCUUACUAUCAAGGCAAGUUUCCAUUUCCUGCUCCUCUAACCAUAUCAAUUACAGCUAAAAAUAUCUCUUGUUUCCAAAAUCUUUUCACACAUUUUGGUUUCAUUUUCUUCAUCUGAUGUGAGAAUUUUGAGGUGACAAAAAUGAAGACUAUAAGUGGGUUAGGGAUAGGGUUGAGUUUGGUGUUUGGGUUGCUUCUCUUAGCACUUGUUGCAGAAAUCUUUUACCUUCUGAGAUGGAAGAAGAUCAUAAGCCAAGAGAGCCAAGAAGAAGAACAACAAGCUGGGUACGCUAAGGAACUUAUCCAGCUCUUCUGCUUCAAAAACCAUCAACCUUUACAUGCCAACAAUGGCGUAAGAGAAGCGGAAAUCUCGAGGACACAAGAUUUAGAGAUAGGGUUGAUGAAACACUUAGGUGGAGGAGAAGUAGGGUUUGAAGCAGAGCUCAUGAAGUUUCAUAACCAGAGGUUUCUCUUCACAAUCAUAGAAGAGACAAAAGCAGAUUUGGAAUCUGAUGAUGAGAAAUCAAGAAGUCUGAGUGAUUUUCCGGUUGGGGUUAAUGACUGUACUACCCCUGGUCUCACUCCUCUGGCUUCUCCUUGUACACUGAAGUCAUCUCCUUUGGAGUCUUACUCGCACCAUGGUUUCAAUCCUCUGUUCGAGACAGAGGGUGAGCUUGAGUUCAACAAGUUCUUCAGGUCGUCUUCUUCUUCGCCUCCGCCUAAGUUUAAGUUCAUGAGGGAUGCGGAAGAGAAGCUGAGGAGGAGAAUGGCUGAAGAAGCUAAAAGGAGAGAGGAGACAGAGGGUUCGUUUCUGAAGUUCUUGAAUCCUGAGAUGAUGAACAGAGAGAAGAAACAGAGUAGUCAAGAAUCUGAUGAGAGGGUGUCGUUUGCAGUUUCUUCUUCGUCAUCAGGUACAAAUCUUAGAACGUUGGACCGGAGAUCAACACUGGUUGUUUAGUGUUAGAACUCUCUUGCUCUACUCCUUAAUUUUUAUUUUUUGUUGAAAUUUGUAAAAAGAAUUUCAAUAUUAAUUGUGCGAAUUAUCUUUGUUUUCUCACAUUCUGAUUCUUUGUGAAUGAUUUCUUCUGUACGUAUCAAUCUGAAAAAGUUUGCAGGUGCUU